UUAUUUUCCCCACAAGUCAAGACAGCCCAGAUAACCACAAUACUGCAGGUAAAAAAAUGACUGAGGAGUCUCAGCAGCCGGUGACGACUGUCACCACCCCCGCAGCCAAUACCCUGACCCCAGACGCCUCGAGUGCAGAAGUGAUAAAGCCCAAGGGCGACAACAAGAAGGAAAAAUGUAAGCCGAUGACCAAGGUUGUGAUCAGAAGGCUGCCACCGUCAAUGACCCAGGCCCAGUUCAUCGAGCAAGUCUCGCCCCUCCCUGAUCACGAUUACCUGCACUUCGUCAAGGCAGAUAUGUCCCUGGGGCAGCACGCCUUCUGCAGGGCCUACAUUAACUUCACAGAUCAGAAGGACAUCUUCAUGUUCAGGGAGAAGUUCGAUAAUUACGUGUUUGUCGAUGGCAAAGGGACCGAGUACCCCGCGGUGGUGGAGUUUGCGCCGUUUCAGAGACUUCCGAAGAAACGGGUCGGCAGGAAGAAGGAUGUCAAGUGUGGGACCAUCGAGACUGAUCCCUAUUACGUGACUUUCUUGGAGAGUCUGAAGAACCUGGAGGCUGACGCUGCUGGGGCCCAGCCCAAGACUGAAUUCUCAUUUCAGCCGUUUGAUAAUGCUCAGAAGAGGGUCACAACCACUCCCCUGUUGGAAUAUCUCAAGCAGAGGAAGAUGGAGAAGCAGAGGGUCAGAGAUGAGAAGAGGGAGGAGAGGAGGAGACGAGAUCUGGAGAGGAGGAGGGCCAAGGACGAACCGACCAUUUCUAAGGUACUGAAAAAUCCCGACGCUGAGCGUGAAGUAGGCCGCGAGAACAAAGAAAACAAAGAAGACAAAGAAAGGCCCCCGAAAGAGGUGAAAACCCGUAAAAAAGACGAUAAAUUGCGUGAUAAGGUGCUAGGCCCGAGAGAUCGUGACGGAAAAAUUUCGGCCAAGGGGUACAAGGACGACAGGAAGCAAGAUCGCGACGGUAAGCACCAGAGGAAGCACGAGGACAAGAAAUCCUACAGCCGUCGAGAGGACCACAAUCACUCGAGGGAGGAGAGGAGAGCCGAGGGAAAAAUCCCCAAAGAGCCCAGAGAGGACUUCCGCGAGCCGAGGGAGAGGAGAACCGAGGAGAAGAAGGGCAAGAGUUACGAGAAGAUGAGGCAGGAGAAGAGGCGCCUCGCUGAGUCGAAGAAGCAGGCGGAAGGAGGUGCAGAAGGUGGCAAGGAGCCGGCGAAGAGGGAGGAGGGGGAGAGGUGCAAAAAGGAGGCGAAAAUCGAGAGGACUGAGGGGGCCCCUAGCCCCCCCGAGGGCGGAGGGGGCGACAGUGGGGACAGGAAGGUGCAGAGUAAAGAGACAACUCCAAAGAAUUCAGAAUGUAGAGGAGAAGGGGACACAGUGAAGCCCUCAGACCCCAUCGAAACCCAAAAACAACCAGGAGACAUUGAAAUGGAGGACAGCCACCACUGUCCCACCACGAAGAAGACCCAGAAAUUAUCCCGGCGAAGGAGUUCGUUGGAGAGCGGCGGAGACGCGGGGGGUGGCGACGGGGCGCAGUUGAGGAGGCACAAGUCCCUCGAUGGAGAUGACCAGAGCAAUCUCCAGAAGAAUGCCCACGACGACAAGCACAAAGAGAAAAAGGACUCCAGGAAGGAGCGGAGGAUAAGGAAUAAGGAUCGACCGGCCAUGGAGAUUUAUCGCCCUGGCAUGGGCAGGUUCAGCAAACAGAGGAUCGAGCGUGGAAAAUCCGCAACCGAGGAGAGGGCUACAUUGUCCGAGAGCCCCACUAAUACCUCGAGUGAUCAGAAGUCAGAGCUACGGUCUAUGACGUUUAAGCGAAGUGUCAGUCGUGAUAAUCCUUAGUUAGUUUUUUUUUUUCAUUCGUUAAUAAAAGUUGAUGCAUUUCA